UUGUUAAAUAGCUUCAUUUAAAGGGAUUUGUAAACCGGAAUGCGCGGAGUUUUCCGUGGUAACCGUGUGAUUUUAUAGAGGAAGUAAGUGAGUGGAAUAAUAAUUAUUUUAGUGAUUGUAUGAUGAUUUGGUCCGUGCUCCUUCACUGUUAAUAUAUAGAUAGAGUUUAUAGAGCCAAGUCAUCACCAUGCCCCUGUCAGACUUUCUGGACAGUCUGAAGGACAACCCGUACUUUGGGGCUGGUUUCGGUCUGGUCGGGGUCGGGACCGCGUUGGCUGUGGCCAGAAAAGGCGCCCAGGUGGGAAUGAUCUUCUUCCGAAGGCACUACAUGAUCACUCUGGAGGUCCCCAGCAGGGACAAGAGCUACCACUGGCUCCUGAGCUGGAUCACCAGGAACGCCAAGCACACGCAGCACCUGAGCGUGGAGACGUCCUACCUGGCUCACGAGAGCGGACGGGUUCACACGCAUUUUGACUUCCACCCGAGCCCUGGGAACCACAUCAUCUGGUAUGGGAACAAGUGGAUUAGGGUGGAGCGGACCAGGGAGAAGCAGAUGGUGGAUCUACACACCGGAGUUCCAUGGGAGUCAGUGACGUUCACUACUUUAGGCCGAGACAAACAAUUAUUCUUUAAUAUCUUACAAGAAGCGAGAGAACUGGCUCUGAAGCAGGAGGAAGGGAGGACAGUGAUGUACACGGCCAUGGGCGCCGAGUGGAGGCCCUUCGGGUUUCCACGGCGACGCAGGCCCCUCAGCUCCGUGGUGCUGGAGGCUGGUGUGGGCGAAAGGCUCGUAGACGAUGUGAAGGACUUCAUAGGAAACCCCAAGUGGUACACGGACAGAGGUAUUCCCUACAGAAGAGGAUAUUUGCUCUAUGGUCCCCCAGGAUGUGGAAAGAGCAGCUUCAUCACGGCCUUGGCAGGUGAGCUGGGCUACAGCAUCUGUCUGAUGAGUCUGAGCGACAAGACGCUUUCGGACGACCGCCUGAACCACCUCCUGAGCGUGGCCCCGCAGCAGAGCAUCAUCCUGCUGGAGGACGUGGAUUCAGCUUUUGUGAGCAGAGAUCUGCUUCCCACCGAGAACCCUCUGGCGUUCCAGGGAAUGGGACGACUGACCUUCAGUGGGCUCCUUAACUCUCUUGAUGGCGUCGCUUCGUCUGAGGCCAGAAUAGUUUUCAUGACCACCAACUACAUAGACCGGUUGGACGCUGCCCUGAUUCGACCCGGCCGCGUCGACCUGAAGCAGUACAUCGGGUUCUGCAGCCAGUGGCAGCUCACACAGAUGUUCCAGCGGUUCUACCCAGAACAACCUGCCUCUGAAGGAGAGCGGUUUGCAGAGCGCGCCCUGGCGGUCAGCUCUGAAAUCAGCGCUGCUCAGGUGCAAGGACACUUUCUGCUGCACAAAACGGACCCUGCAGCUUCCAUAGACAAUGUUGAACAGAUGAAAGGAUGAAGGGACGAGAAGCGGCUUGGAGAGCGGCCACUUAAUAAAGAGAAAUACGAGAACACGA